AUGUCCUCCUCUCUUAUUGUCCCAUCGUUCGAUGAUAUUCGUGAAGCUCAAUCUCGUCUGCGUGAUAUAGUUAUUUGUAGUCCACUUCUUAAACUUAACUAUGAAAUUCCUGGAAUGGAAAUUUAUUUGAAAUGUGAACAAUUUCAAGUGACAUCAUCAUUUAAAAUCCGUGGUGCUGCCAAUAUCGUAAAGAUUCUAUCAAUAAAAGAGAAAGAAAAUGGAAUUGUUACAGCUUCAUCUGGUAAUAUGGCACAAGGUCUAGCUUGGAUAGCCAAAGAGGAAAAUGUUAAAUGUCGAAUAUUGGUACCUGACAGAACAAAUCAAGUCAAACUAAAGGCAAUUGAACGACUCGGUGGCGAGAUUACUAAGUGUACUUUCGAUGAAUGGUUUCAAGUAAUUGUAACUGGUCAAUGUCCAAUGUUAGAUGGAUAUUUCAUUCAUCCGGUACGCAAUCAAUAUGUAAUGGCUGGACAUGGGACCAUUGCUUUAGAAAUAUUAGAUCAAUUACCUGACUGUGAUGCUAUACUUGUUCCAUAUGGUGGCGGUGGUUUGAUAACUGGCAUUGUAUCUGCAGUUAAACAUUUAAAACAAUCUAUUGAUAUUUUUGCUUCUGAAAUCGAGACUGCAGCACCUCUCUCUGCUGCUUUAAAUGCCGGGGAAAUCGUCAAAAUUCCGGUAAAACAUUCCUGGAUUGAUGCUAUUGGUCAUUCAAAUAUCAUGAAAGAAAUGUGGCCAUUAGUCAAAGAUUCUAUUGAUGGUUCAAUUGUUGUUACAUUAAAAGAAACAUCCGAUGCAUUGAAAUUAUUAAUAGAACGAAAUCAUAUGAUAUGUGAAGGAGCAAGUGCAACUGCACUCGCCGGUGCAUUAUGGCAUUAUCCUAAUUUAUUAGAAUCUGGUAAAGCUGGACUAAGAAGAAAAUCAGGAAGCGAACCUAUUAAAGUGGUUGUCAUACUAUCUGGUGCAGGAAUCGAAAAUGAAACAAUUAUCAACUGUUUAAGCGAUACUUUGUAA